AUGAACUUCUACGCGAUAAAGAAUCACUUCCAAUAUAAGGUGAAGAAGUCAUGUAGAAGACAGUUUUUCUUAGAUAGUUGGGAUGAGAGAUGUGAUUGGAAAUUAAGAGCUUCAAGAAAAAUAAAAACAAGCAUGUUCAUGAUAAGGAAGUUGAACAAUGUUCAUAUUUGCCCAUUAGAAUCAAGAACAAGCAACCAAAGGCAAGCAACAGCAGCAAUCAUUGGAAAGUGCAUUAAGUCAAAAUUUCUGAGUUUAAAAACAGUUUACACGCCGGGAGAUAUAUUGAGGGACAUGAAAGAAGACUACGGUGUAAACAUCAACUAUACAAAAACUUAUAGAUCAAAGGAGAUGGCUCUUGAAAAAAUAAGAGGAAGAGCCGAUGAUUCAUUUGCAAAGCUGCCGUCUUAUUUAUAUCUCCUACAAAUUGCAAAUCCAGGAUCAUUUGUGAGAUUACAAACUACAGAAGACAACAGCUUUCUCUACGUGUUCAUGGCUUUAGAUGCUUCAAUAAAAGGCUGGACUUCGUGUAUGCCUUUGGUAGCAGUUGAUGGCACAUUUCUAAAGUCAGCUUAUGGUGGAACACUGCUCUCAGCAAGUACACAAGAUGGAAACGGCAAAAUUUUCCCCUUAGCGUUUUCAGUGGCAGAUUCUGAAAAUAAUGAAUCAUGGGAAUGGUUUAUUCAAAAUUUAAGAGAGGCAUUUGGAUUGAGAGAGGGAAUGUGUAUUAUUUCGGAUCGGCAUGAGAGCAUCAAAAAUGCAAUUGGAAAGGUAUAUCCUGAAGUUAGCCAUGGAAUAUGCACCUUUCAUUUGUACAACAACCUCAAAACAAAUUUCAGGAAGAAAUCAAAAGAUUUCAAAAAAACAUUUUUCAAAGCAGCAAGGGCAUACACUAAAGAUAAAUUUGAAUUUUACAUGGCUGAAAUUGAUGAGAUGGAUGCGCGUAUAAGGCCGUAUCUAGAAAAAGUGGGGUAUCCAAAAUGGGCGAGGACACAUAUUACAAACAAUAGACAUUUGAUGAUGACAACAAAUGUGGCAUAA